AUGGCGUCUCUUCGACCCGAAGCGGGCACCACAAUUGACCGCGCGACGACCGCACCCUUCCUCCUCCGACUCUACUGGCGGCAGAAUCGUCAACUGGAUCCGUGGGAGUUCAGCGUGGCAGUGCCGUCCGACACCACAAACAUUCCGGACUACUCUUCGCUCCUCCCUCGAGAUGUCAAGGGACAUAUGAUGCAAAUCUACACGUGGCCAAACUGCACUCUCGCUGAGCUCACCACUCUUUUCCUGAGCGUACUUCCGGAGAACGUCAUUCCGAAUCCUGCAGUCGGCACGCGAUUGGUGUUUAAGCUCAUUUUCCCGGACACACGCGCUACAAUCGCAGAAGGAGGUCGCGGCAAAUUUAUCGACAAACCAUUGGGAAGCGUGGUCAUCGGAGGAAGUCGGGCAGAGAUGGCAGACGAUGGAGCAGAGAACGGAGAUGUUACAGAGACCUUCGAGGGAGAUGCGCACAAGACGCUCGCAGAAGCGCGGUUCGUCAUUGGAGACUACGUUGCUUGCUCGGUCUACCCACCUGACCAGGACGGACGGGUUGCACCAAUGCCACCACCCACUUCAAGAGGUGGCUUUGGCGGCCCAAGAGGGGGUCCUCCGCGGGAGAAUGGCUUUGGCGGUGGUUACGGGCGAGGAGGAGGCGGUGGUUACAGGGGUGGUUAUGGAGGUCGAGGUGGAGGAGGAUAUGGCGCCCCUCCACCAAGCGGUGAUUGGAGGAGAGGUGAGCGGCCGCCUGAGGGAGGUUAUGACGACAGGCGCGGUGGCGGUGGAUAUCGCGAUAGAGGUGGACGGCCGUACUAG